UUCUUGUCAAACCAGUGAAUAGAUUACGAGUAAAGCCCAUUAUGAGUUAAACUAUUGAAUCGCCUUCAUUUGCUGGCUUAAUCGCGCGGCAGAAGGAUCACAAGUACUUAGCGGAUUAACUAACCGAUAUAAAAUGUUAAUUUACAAAUCAAUAUUACCGAUGGCGUUGUUAUUAGGGAUCAGUGUGACUAGUGCAGAUUUAAUUAUACAGAGACGUGUUCCUCGGAGGCAUACUCAAUUUACAAGAUCGCAUAACUCAAACCAUCCUCCAUUUCCGGAUUUCUUAGAGAAUGCUCCAGAGAAAGCUCCAGUAGCUGUGAUGGCAGACGAAGACUCCAUACUCCAUAUGAAGAAAGUGGCCGUAAAUGAAAUAAGUGACACUAGUGAAACAAGAAGCACGGAAAAUCACCAACCUGGAGACCUAAUGCUUUUAGGCAUAGUACAAGAUUAUGAAGACAGAAUAAUUCAAAAACCCAAAGCCCGAUCAGUAGAUAUAAAACGUUCUGAAUUAGAUGAGACAAAGACACCGGCGCUUGCAGACUACGAUAAUAAACCAAGAAGGAAAAUACGAAGGAGGUUGCAACAAGUAAGAAAAGUUAAAGUAAACAAAAGUCAACUUGAUGUUUUUGUUAACGAAACAGAAGCCGAAGCAGCUAAAGUAACGACAAAAGAAACCACAAAAGAAACGACAGCAAAACCUGAAGAAGCCUAUAAGGAGGAGCAACAGUCGUACGCUACUCAAACUUUCAAACGAAGAAAGGGCAUGCGACCACCGGUGGUUCCUAUAAUUGAAUCGCAAAACUAUGUGUUCUCGCAUUCUGGCAACUUCCAUUACAGUUACGAAGGCGGAGACGGCACAAAAGCUUAUGAGAGAGGUCAAUUAAAAGAAUCAAACGGAGGUGCCGGCAACGCUGUUGAGGGAAACUACUCCUACAAAGAUAAUGACGGCAAUGACUACAGUUUGCAAUACACAGCUGACGAGAAUGGAUACAGGCCAGUCGGGGCACAUUUACCCACACCGCCGCCUAUUCCUCCAGCAAUUAAACGUGCUUUGGAGUACCUCGCCACUAAGACAACUGAGUCAGAAGAGGUGACGGAGAAAAUGUGGACCCGUCACUAAAAGAUUAUUAAAAGGUGAUAUAUACAUAUACAUGAUGUUAUUUCAAAACACAAUUGUUUAAUUUACUUAUAUUGAAAUCUACGGCAGUAAAAAUCAUCUAUGGUGAUAUUUUUGAACUUACAGAAAUUACUUAUACAUAUAUUAUGCGCUUAUGAGGAAAUUAUCACUCAUAACUUUAAAAUAUGCUUGGACAAAAUAUAAUAGUAGUACUUUUGUAGUAAAAGGGGCUAUUAAAUCUUUAGUUAUACACCGAGAUUGCGUAAAAAUGGGUUGCAGACUAGGUUAAGUUAAAAACGACUUAAAACAUGAUGGUUAAAAAACUGGCAAAAUUUUAAUAUUUAGCUACCUAUUUGAUAAUUAAGCUUUGUAAAUAUAAACUCGAUUUAUCGAAUUUAGCCUUUAGCUCGGCAUUAUAUAAAUAUGUGUUGAAAAAAAUCAUGUCAUGCUAUUGUUUUAGUUUUAGUCUGAAUCUUACCAUUACGUAUUGGCUAUUGUUUACGUUAUAUUUCAGGUUUAUUGUUUACAUGUUUUUGUUUUUCUAUAAAAGAAAGAAGAAAGGUUAUUCUUUCCUCAAAUUUGGGAAAUUA